AGAGCUGCCGGCAGCACCUCGGUGCCAACGCUGCUCCUCUCCCUUCACACAGGCUCAUGCGGCCGUGGAGAAGCGCGAGACUGAGGCCAGGGAAUCCUUGAUGAAGGUGAGCAGAUGUCCCCUCGUGUAGGUCUGCAUCUCCAGCCCUGUGGGCACUGGUUACCCCGACGGAGGGGGCAGGAGGGGAUGGCGGCAUGGAGCUGCCGUCAGACGGAGCUCCGUGGGAGUGCUGCUGCCCUGAUGGCUGCUCCUCUUCUUCUUUCCCACAGGAUGCCCAGAAAUUACGGGCAGAAAGAACAGCUGCCAGGAAAGAGAAGCUGAAGCAGGAGAAGCAGCUCGUUGCCCAGCUGGAACAGCAGCUGCAGGCUGAGACAGAGGAGAUGGAGGUAGCGUGGAGGGGCGAGGGGAUGGGGGCUGCCCGCCCCCGCGUGGGGACCUGGAGGACGUCUGCAGCAGGCACGGGCACUCACGCUUUUGUCUGCCAGGUGCUGCGCCAGGAAAAACAGCACCUGCAAGAGGAGCGGGAGGAGCUGGAGCUGGAGGGUGCCUGGCAGCAGCAUCAGCUGGAGCUGGAGGCAGCCCACGUGCCUGGGGCUGUGCUGCCGGAGCUGGUGGAGGCAGAGCUGGAGAAGAAGGAGCGGGCGAGGAGACGUGGGCUCGCCUUCUGGAUGAAGACAAUCUGCCUCAUCUUCGUCAGCCUCCUGCUGCUGCUCGUUGCCGUGCUGGGCUCUGCAGUGCUGUACGCCCAGCACUAUGACCAGGAGCUGUUGUAUCGGCUCCUGCUGCGAGUGCUGCCCCAGGCAAUGUACGCUUCCCCGGCGUACUUUGCGAGCAGGAGCCUGCGUGUGGUCUGUGAUGGGCUGCUGCCCAUCUGACCGCCCCUCUCAGUCCCCCCUCCCAGCUCGGGGCUGCGCAGUGGUGGGGCGCGGGGAGAGAGCUCUGUCCCCACGGAAGGGGCCUCUCCUGUGCUCCUGCCCCCAGGGGCGCAGAGGCACAGCUGUGGGGCAGUGCCGGCAGGCGGCUGAGUGCCACCACUUUGGACUUACAAAUAAGUUGUACUGUCGUCGUGAGUCGUCAGCUGAACACCACCACCUCCGACGACCCAUCAGGCUGAAGAUCUGCACCUGACACCAGGACGUGGCUUCUUGGAUUCUUUGAGUCUUCGUAGCAGCCAUUUCCUACAGCUGGUUACCUCGAAGGCUUAUGAAUUGUAAUUAGCCCAUUAGGCAAUGUUACCUCCAAUGGGCUGUUGUCAGUUGUUAAGAACGCUCUCAAUAAAUGGA